AUGUCCCAAUUCCUUCUGGACGAAAACCGGGAAAUACUGCCCAGCACCAACGACAUUGCCGCCAUCGCGGAAAUGGUGAAAGGGGGUCUCCAACAAAUCUUUGCUGAAAAGGCCCGGGACCCCUUUUCCGUCAGCCCCGCCACCGAGAAGCAUGUGCAGAUUCUCUCGACCAGAUGGGACAUGGGAGACUUCGCUGGCCUCGGAAACAUGCCCGAAUACAGCGCUUUGCUCUCCGACUGGUCCCAGCGUAGAAGGGUUGACUACAAGUACGCCGAUGCGCUGGCCCGCCUCGACGAUUUGAACGUCGAGUGUUUUCGGCUGCGGUACGGGAAGUACUUUGCCUCUGGGCUCGAAGAGUUCCAGAGGACCCCUCGGCAUGUCGCGGCACCAGAUGGCAACUUCCAUGUGCCGCUCGCGCUGCCCGGGCUCGAGGAAGAAACCCUGGCGUUUUUCAACACGCACGAAUGGUCUGAGAUCUGGAAGCGCUUGAGACAGGAGCCUUCCCUUGAAUAUGCUCAUCUACACUUGGACGACCAGGCGGCGGAGGCGUCGCCGAUCGUCCGCUUGAUCCAGGUGCUUGCCGGCUUGAACGACAUAUGGGUGCACAGAAUUAUCGAGGCCAUCCAGGCAUAUGUUGCUCUAAGCGGAACCGCACACAAGGGCAUAGCCGAACUUGCGGCUACGAAUAGCAUCAUGCCCUUUACGGGAAUCAUCGAAGAUGAUCUUCGAGACCUCAGCUCUGCCCCGGCUGCGUGCACGGAGGCCGUGCCCGCCAUCCGCGACGCAAUCUUCGUCGCCAUCUCUCGGUACUACACGCUGUGGGUCUGGGAGGAGGACUCGCGGCGAUGCUUGGGGAUGGAGUGGCGGGGUGACAGUUUGGACGUGGCUGCUAUCGGGGUCAUUAAGCGGGCAGACAAGGACUCUGGUGAGCCUUUCGAUGACUUUGCUUCGCAAUUUUCGCAACUGGGCCUCUCUGAGGAUGAAUCGCAAGCUCGAGCAGACAGUGAAGAAGAAGGGGUGGUCGUCAUUUAUACCUACCUAAAUAACAGAGGAGAAGACGUCACAUCCAUGCUCACACGCACUUAG